CAAUAUGUGUCAUACAACAGAAGCAACCGCAAACUGAGGUGCAUUUAAAAAUUACAUAUAUUUUCAAUUUGUGAUUUAUCUUCAUGCUUCUGCUCAUUUUUUUAAAAUGUCACCAUUGGCUGUAAAUCAUCGCUGGAUACUUGUUUUGAAGAUUUUUGUUCUCUUCUCUGUAAUUUUGCUUCUGAACCACUUUUGCAAAGCUUCUGGCACCAAAAAAAAAACACAGUCUCAAAAACAUACUUUUUCUCAGUGUGGAAGAAAUUCCAAUUGAUCCUCAUUUUGCAUCAGAUGUUGUCUUUAAAGAAGAAAACGGAACUCACCUUUGUUUUAACAUUCAGGCAAACCAGUCUAAUGCGGGUUGUUGUGGCAUUGAAGAUUUCGUCUGUAGCACCAAUAUAGUUCGGCUCAAUGUCAGCACUUACAGCCUGACUGUCAGUAGAGAAAUUCUACUCAAGCACGACAUUGUUGUGUUACUGAACCCAAUGAGCAAUUUUUCAUGCAUGUUCUCACAGCUCCACAACUCAACAGAAUUCAUUCUCGAUCUUCAUAAUUGUUUGAAGCCAGGUGGCAGGAACAUUAGAAUCACUCUGGAUCAUCUAUACCAAAAUCAAUAUAAUGAUGCGCAGACUUGUGAAGAUAGUGAUAAGUACAUGUUCAAGUUUGGAUCUAAAAUAACAUCCAUUGUGAAAAUCAUAUCUUGUGAAACGUCAGACUCAGCUGGGAUUCAGCAGCUGCUGAAUCUAACUUUUCCGUACUCAAACAAUGUCAUGACUCUACAGGAGGCAGUAACUAUUAUGAAUAAUUUCAGUUUCUACCAGGAUCAGAUGGGAGCUUUCAGAACAGCUUUUAUCAAAAUAGGCAACGUCACUGGGGCAAUCACUAAACUGCAACCACAAGAUCAAAGCCAAACUGCGUUCAACUUUGGCUUCACAGCAAGUGGGGAUGUGGAAGUAUGCAGCUUCAGUUGAUUCAAGAACAGAAAGAGAAAAAACAAGAGUUUAUAAGAGUUCUAGUUAAUUCUAAUGUCUCUUUGUCCAACAUUCUGAAGGAAAGGAACAAUGUGGAUAUGGACCUUGAUGUACAGAUUCAAUUCUCUAAUGCCAGUGCAAUGGCAGUAAAUAAAAAUAGCACGUACGUUGGAGUUCUACUUUUUCCAGGAAUGACCAAUGUGGACCAUGAUGGAUACUUUUUCAAUAAAAAAGUGCUUGGAAUUGAAAUGGGAGCAAACAUACUCAAAUAUUUGCUAAGCAUCAACAUUCACUUCAACAAUGUGAACCUGAGUGGCACAAACAUGUCUUGCAUGUCAUGGGAUGGUAAAGGGGAUGAUCAAAUCUGGAGCACAAAUAACUGCAGAACAAACCAGGUUAAUGGAAGCAUCACCUGCCAAUGCUCCCAUCAAGCAUUUUUUGCAAUUGGCAUGACAGUUACACUUAAGAAGAUGGAUACUUUUUCGUGGAUCAUACCAGAGAUAAGCCUUAAUGACACCUUAAGUAGUCCUUUGAACCCAGCGCAAGCAGUGACAAUAAUGAAGAAAUUAGACAUAUACUUUGCAGAGAUGAACCAAUCCAAGACAGCAAAAGUACAAAUAGGCAAAAUAACUGGAGUGAUUGCUAAGCUAGAAGAUAAUUCAACUGAAAUGAAAUUUGGUUUCACGUCAAACGGAGAUACUAUAGGUGGUGAAAGCAACAGAGUUGAUAAUGGCGUUAUGACAGAAAUUCACCUUCCUCAGGAAGCCAUUGCAAUGGCAAUUAAAAACAAAAGAAAAUAUGUUGGAGUGCUCCGUUUUCCAGAAAUGCCUAUGAAUAACACAAAUGAACUUUAUAAUAAUGAAGUGAUUGGAAUUGAAAUGGGAGAAAACAUAAAAGAUCUGAAUCAAACCGUCAACAUCCACUACAGUAAUUUAAAAAAGGAUGGCUCUGGAGCUGUUUGUGUAUCAUGGGAUGGCACAAAUGAAACAGGGAACCAUACAGACUGGAACAUUGAGGGUUGUAAUACAAAUAUCGAUAAUGGAAUCACAUGUGAAUGCAGUCAUCUCACAUUCUUUACCUAUCGGAUGAAACGUUCAACUGCCGAAAGUACCGAUUCAAACAAAGAGGAAGAAAAAACAUCAGGAAAAACACCUGAAAAAACCCUAUCCUUUCCAGCUCCAGCCAAUCCACUGAAUUCAGAUGAAGCAGCGUAA